GACAACUUUUCCUUUUAUUUUGCAUUCUUAAUUCAAACAGUGCGCAUCACACAUGUCAAUUUAAAUAUGGCGGAAAAAGUUGCGGUAGUCACAGGAGCAAGCAGGGGUUUUGGCUUCGCUAUUGUCAAAGGAUUAUGUAAAAGAUUCGAUGGAAUCGUUUAUUUAACUGCGAGAGACGAAAAAAGUGGACAAGCGGCCGUGAAAAAGAUGAACGAGCUCGGAUUAAAACCUCUUUUCCAUCAAUUGGAUGUCAGUGACAGAAGCAGCGUUCAGAAAUUCGCAGAUUACAUCAAAACAAAACACGGAGGCUUCGAUGUAUUGGUAAAUAAUGCUGCUAUUUUAGAAUGGGAUCAAGUUUAUCCAACUUAUGAAGCCGCUAAAAGGAACAUAGACAUAAAUUACAAAAGUUUACUUACUAUUGAAGAGUACUUGUUUCCGCUGCUAAGAGAUGGCGCUAGGGUUGUCAACAUUUCGAGUGCGUGUGGUCAUCUAUCGAAUUUGAAGAAACAAAAAUGGAUUCGUAUGUUACAAGACCCGGAUCUAACUACGGAACAAAUAAACUCAUUUGUGAAUGAAUACUUAGAGAGUGUUAAGAACGGGACUUUUAAUAAGAAUGAUUUUGCUGAUGAUGGGAAACAUGCUGAGCAUAGAGUUUCGAAAAUUGCGCUGACUGCUUUGACGAGAGUACUGCAAAAUAAGUAUGCUGACAGGAAUAUUUCUAUAAAUGCUGUUCAUCCAGGGCAUAUGAAGACUGACAUGGCUCAAGGAGGUGGUGAGGUGGAACCUGAGCAAUCGGCAGAUUUAGUUCUGUAUCUUAUUCUGGACGCUUCUCCAAAGUUGAAAGGUACUUUCAUGUGGAAUGACAAAACUUUGAUCGAUUGGUGCGAUGCUGAAGCAGACUUUGCUUGCAAGGGUCUUUGGUAAAAUAUAGUAUUUUACUAUACGUUCAAUAAAUACAAUAAUUUCUUCGA